AUGAUGCAGCUUUGUCCUGGCAAGGUUAGACGCAUCGAGAAAGCAGCUGAGCGUGGCUUCGAGACCUGGUAUGAAGGUGACCGGUGGCGAUUGAAACUGUCCUUGUCAGGCGGACUCUCGUCAGAUGUGGCCAUGGAGCGCUUUUGCGCUUGGCUUCGCAGGCGCCUGGCAGACUUCAAGGACACACACGGUGCCAAGGUAUUGAGGCAAUGCCAGGGAGAGGUGGAUUUCAGCUACACUGGCUUGAGUGACCACGGCUUGUGGCUACUUUUGGACUGCUUGAGCCAGUUCGAGGUGCAAGCUGCCUUCAUCAAGUUGACCCAGAACAGGACCUGGAUCACCAAAGAUGGCAUCCAGUCAUUGUGCGAGUUCAUCAAGAACAACAAGCGCGCCGGGCAAAUCUACGAGCUGCACCUGGCAGAUAAUCAGAUCAAUGACGAUGGAGCGCUGGAGCUCAUCCAAACAAUGAAGGAGCUCAAACACAGGUACCCACCAAAGCGGGAGGUUCUUGGGAAGAACGGGCUUCAGCUUGUUCCAGUGUGGCUGCGGCUUGCACGGAACAAGAUCAAAGCGGCAACCCUGCUGAAGUCUUUGUCGGCCACAGAUUCAAGGACGCAAUGCCCCCUUGUACAGCAUGACCUCGACCAGGAGAGGGACAAGCAGGAACGAAAUGCAAUGUGGAACGAACACAGCUGGGGCUGGGACGAGUAUGAGGACAAUUGCAUGGCACGGAAGCCUGGGGCGCUCGGGGCGGCGCUAUCGAGGUGA